AUGGCGAGCGAGAAGCCGGGCCCGGGCCCCGGGCUCGAGCCUCAGCCCGUGGGGCUCAUCGCCGUCGGGGCCGGAGGCGGAGGCGGCGGGGGCAGCGGCGGUGGCGGCAGCGGGGGCAGCGGGAUGGGAGAGCUGAGGGGGGCGUCCGGCUCCGGCUCGGUGGUGCUGCCCGCGGGGAUGAUUAACCCUUCGGUGCCGAUCCGCAACAUCCGGAUGAAAUUCGCAGUGUUGAUUGGACUCAUACAGGUCGGAGAGGUCAGCAACAGGGACAUCGUGGAGACGGUGCUCAACCUGCUGGUUGGCGGAGAAUUUGACUUGGAGAUGAACUUUAUUAUCCAGGAUGCUGAGAGUAUAACAUGCAUGACAGAGCUUUUGGAGCACUGUGAUGUAACAUGUCAAGCAGAAAUAUGGAGCAUGUUUACAGCCAUUUUACGAAAAAGUGUUCGGAAUUUACAGACUAGCACAGAAGUUGGGCUAAUUGAACAAGUAUUGCUGAAAAUGAGUGCUGUAGAUGACAUGAUAGCAGAUCUUCUAGUUGAUAUGUUGGGGGUUCUUGCCAGCUACAGCAUCACUGUCAAGGAGUUGAAGCUUUUGUUCAGCAUGCUUCGAGGAGAAAGUGGAAUCUGGCCAAGACAUGCAGUAAAAUUAUUAUCAGUUCUUAAUCAGAUGCCACAAAGACAUGGUCCUGAUACUUUUUUCAAUUUCCCUGGUUGUAGUGCUGCGGCAAUUGCAUUGCCUCCUAUUGCAAAGUGGCCUUAUCAGAAUGGCUUUACUCUAAAUACUUGGUUUCGUAUGGAUCCAUUAAAUAACAUUAAUGUGGAUAAGGAUAAACCUUAUCUUUAUUGUUUUCGUACUAGCAAAGGAGUUGGUUACUCUGCUCACUUCGUUGGCAAUUGUCUAAUAGUCACAUCACUGAAGUCUAAAGGAAAAGGUUUUCAGCACUGUGUGAAAUACGAUUUUCAACCCCGUAAGUGGUACAUGAUCAGCAUCGUCCACAUUUAUAAUCGAUGGAGGAACAGUGAAAUUCGGUGUUAUGUUAAUGGACAACUGGUAUCCUAUGGUGAUAUGGCCUGGCAUGUUAACACAAAUGAUAGCUAUGACAAGUGCUUUCUCGGAUCUUCAGAAACUGCUGAUGCAAAUAGGGUGUUCUGUGGUCAACUUGGUGCCGUGUAUGUAUUCAGUGAAGCGCUCAACCCUGCGCAGAUAUUUGCAAUUCAUCAGUUAGGACCUGGAUAUAAGAGCACCUUCAAAUUUAAAUCUGAGAGUGACAUUCAUUUGGCAGAACAUCAUAAACAGGUUCUGUAUGAUGGGAAACUUGCAAGUAGUAUUGCAUUUACAUAUAAUGCUAAGGCCACCGAUGCUCAGCUAUGCUUGGAAUCAUCACCAAAGGAAAAUGCAUCAAUUUUUGUUCAUUCCCCACACGCUCUCAUGCUCCAGGAUGUGAAAGCUAUAGUAACACAUUCAAUUCAUAGUGCAAUUCAUUCAAUUGGAGGGAUUCAAGUGCUUUUUCCACUUUUUGCUCAACUGGACAAUCGGCAGCUCAAUGACAGUCAAGUGGAAACAACUGUCUGUGCUACUCUUUUGGCAUUCCUGGUUGAACUACUUAAAAGUUCAGUAGCCAUGCAAGAACAGAUGCUGGGUGGAAAAGGCUUUUUAGUCAUCGGCUACUUACUUGAAAAGUCAUCAAGAGUUCAUAUAACUAGAGCUGUCCUGGAGCAAUUUUUAUCCUUUGCAAAAUACCUUGAUGGUUUAUCUCAUGGAGCACCUUUGCUAAAGCAGCUUUGUGAUCACAUUUUAUUCAACCCAGCCAUCUGGAUACAUACACCUGCAAAGGUUCAGCUUUCCCUAUACACUUACUUGUCUGCUGAAUUUAUUGGAACUGCUACCAUUUACACCACCAUACGCAGAGUAGGAACAGUAUUACAGCUAAUGCACACAUUAAAAUAUUACUACUGGGUCAUUAAUCCUGCUGACAGUAGCGGCAUUACACCUAAAGGAUUAGAUGGUCCCCGGCCAUCACAAAAGGAAAUUAUAUCACUACGGGCAUUUAUGCUACUUUUUCUGAAACAGCUCAUACUAAAGGAUCGAGGGGUCAAGGAAGAUGAACUUCAGAGUAUAUUAAAUUACCUACUUACCAUGCAUGAGGAUGAAAAUAUUCAUGAUGUGUUACAGUUACUAGUGGCUUUAAUGUCAGAACACCCAGCCUCAAUGAUACCAGCAUUUGAUCAAAGAAAUGGAAUAAGAGUAAUCUACAAAUUAUUGGCUUCUAAAAGUGAAAGUAUUUGGGUUCAAGCUCUGAAGGUUCUGGGAUACUUUCUGAAGCAUUUAGGUCACAAGAGAAAAGUGGAAAUUAUGCAUACUCAUAGUCUUUUCACUCUUCUUGGAGAAAGGCUGAUGUUGCAUACAAACACUGUGACUGUCACCACAUACAACACACUUUAUGAGAUCUUGACAGAGCAAGUAUGUACUCAAGUUGUACACAAACCACAUCCAGAGCCAGAUUCUACAGUGAAAAUUCAGAAUCCAAUGAUUCUUAAGGUGGUGGCAACUCUGUUAAAAAAUUCUACACCAAGUGCAGAACUUAUGGAAGUUCGUCGUUUAUUUUUAUCUGACAUGAUAAAACUUUUCAGUAACAGCCGUGAAAAUAGAAGAUGCUUACUGCAGUGUUCAGUGUGGCAGGAUUGGAUGUUUUCUCUUGGCUAUAUCAAUCCUAAAAAUUCUGAGGAACAGAAGAUUACUGAGAUGGUCUACAAUAUCUUCCGGAUUCUGUUGUAUCAUGCAAUAAAAUAUGAAUGGGGAGGAUGGAGAGUCUGGGUGGAUACGCUCUCAAUAGCCCAUUCCAAGGUCACUUAUGAAGCACAUAAGGAAUACCUAGCCAAAAUGUAUGAAGAAUAUCAGAGACAAGAGGAGGAAAACAUUAAAAAGGGAAAAAAAGGGAAUGUGAGCACUAUCUCUGGUCUUUCAUCACAGACUACAGGAGCAAAAGGUGGAAUGGAAAUUCGAGAGAUAGAAGAUCUUUCACAAAGCCAGAGUCCAGAAAGUGAGACAGAUUACCCUGUCAGCACAGAUACUAGAGACUUGCUCAUGUCAACAAAAGUGUCAGAUGAUAUUCUUGGAAAUUCAGAUAGACCGGGAAGUGGUGUACAUGUGGAAGUGCAUGAUCUUUUAGUUGAUAUAAAAGCAGAGAAAGUAGAAGCAACAGAAGUAAAGCUUGAUGAUAUGGAUUUAUCACCAGAGACUUUAGUAGGUGGAGAGAAUGGUGCCCUUGUGGAGGUUGAAUCUUUGUUGGAUAAUGUAUAUAGUGCUGCUGUUGAGAAACUCCAGAACAAUGUACAUGGAAGUGUUGGUAUCAUUAAAAAAAAUGAAGAAAAGGAUAAUGGUCCAUUGAUAACAUUAGCAGAUGAGAAAGAUGAACUUCCUAAUAGUAGUACGUCAUUUCUCUUUGAUAAAAUACCCAAACAGGAGGAGAAACUUCUUCCUGAACUUUCUAGCAAUCACAUUAUUCCAAAUAUCCAGGAUACACAAGUACAUCUUGGUGUUAGUGAUGAUCUUGGAUUGCUUGCUCACAUGACUGGUAGUGUAGACUUGAGUUGUACAUCAAGUAUAAUAGAAGAAAAAGAGUUCAAAAUCCAUACAACUUCAGAUGGAAUGAGCAGUAUUUCUGAAAGAGACUUAGCGUCAUCCUCUAAAGGGUUAGAGUAUGCUGAAAUGACCGCUACAACUCUGGAAACUGAGUCAUCUGGUAGCAAAAUUGUACCAAAUAUUGAUGCAGGAAGUAUAAUUUCAGACACUGAGAGAUCUGACGAUGGCAAAGAAUCAGGAAAGGAAAUUCGAAAAAUCCAGACCACUGCUACAACGCAAGCUGUUCAGGGUCGGUCUAUUACACAGCAAGACAGAGAUCUCCGCGUUGAUUUAGGAUUUCGAGGAAUGCCGAUGACUGAGGAACAGCGGCGCCAGUUCAGCCCAGGCCCACGCACUACAAUGUUCCGUAUUCCUGAGUUUAAAUGGUCUCCAAUGCACCAGCGACUUCUCACCGAUUUACUAUUUGCAUUAGAAACAGAUGUACAUGUUUGGAGGAGUCAUUCCACAAAGUCUGUAAUGGAUUUUGUCAAUAGCAAUGAAAAUAUUAUUUUUGUACAUAACACAAUUCACCUCAUUUCCCAAAUGGUAGACAACAUCAUUAUUGCUUGUGGAGGAAUUUUACCUUUGCUUUCUGCGGCUACAUCACCAACUACGGAAUUGGAAAAUAUUGAAGUGACACAAGGCAUGUCCGCUGAGACAGCAGUAACUUUCCUCAGCCGAUUGAUGGCUAUGGUUGAUGUACUUGUAUUUGCCAGCUCUCUAAAUUUUAGUGAGAUUGAAGCUGAAAAAAACAUGUCUUCUGGAGGUUUAAUGAGACAGUGCCUAAGGUUAGUUUGUUGUGUUGCUGUGAGAAACUGUUUAGAAUGUCGGCAGAGACAGAGAGACAGGGGGAGCAAAUCUUCCCAUGGCAGCAGUAAACCUCAGGAAGCUCCCCAAAGUGUGACUGCCACAGCAGCUUCAAAGACUCCAUUAGAAAGUGUUCCAGGUAACCUUUCUCCUAUUAAAGAUCCUGAUAGACUUCUUCAGGAUGUUGAUAUUAAUCGUCUUCGUGCCGUCGUCUUUCGGGAUGUGGAUGAUAGCAAGCAGGCACAGUUCUUGGCGCUAGCUGUUGUUUACUUCAUUUCGGUUCUGAUGGUUUCCAAGUAUCGUGACAUAUUAGAACCCCAGCGAGAGACUGCAAGAACUGGAAGCCAACCAGGUAGAAACAUCAGACAAGAAAUAAAUUCGCCAACAAGUACAGUUGUGGUCAUACCAUCUAUCCCUCAUCCAAGUUUGAACCAUGGAUUCCUUGCCAAGUUAAUUCCUGAGCAGAGCUUUGCCCACUCAUUUUACAAAGAAACACCUGCUACAUUUCCAGACACUGUAAAGGAAAAAGAAACACCAACCCCUGGUGAAGAUAUUCAGCUAGAAAGUUCCAUUCCACAUACAGAUUCAGGAAUUGGAGAGGAGCAAGUGGCUAGCAUCCUGAAUGGGGCAGAAAUAGAGACAGGCACAGGCCCUGAUGCCAUGAGUGAACUGUUAUCCACUUUGUCAUCUGAAGUGAAGAAAUCACAGGAAAGCUUAACUGAGAACCCCAGUGAACUGUUGAAACCCGCACCAUCCAUAUCUAGCAUUAGUCAAACCAAAGGCAUCAAUGUCAAGGAGAUAUUGAAAAGUCUUGUGGCUGCCCCAGUUGAAAUUGCAGAAUGUGGCCCUGAACCUAUCCCAUACCCAGAUCCAGCAUUGAAGAGAGAAGCGCAAGCUAUUCUUCCUAUGCAGUUUCAUUCCUUUGACAGGAGUGUCGUGGUACCUGUUAAGAAGCCCCCUCCAGGUAGUUUGGCUGUAACCACUGUGGGAGCCACUGCUGCUGGAAGUGGGCUGCCAACAGGCAGUACAUCUAAUAUAUUUGCGGCUACUGGAGCUACACCAAAAAGUAUGAUUAAUACAACAGGUGCCGUGGAUUCAGGGUCCUCCUCCUCUUCCUCCUCUUCUAGUUUUGUGAAUGGUGCUACCAGCAAAAACCUUCCAGCUGUACAAACUGUCGCCCCAAUGCCGGAAGACUCAGCUGAAAACAUGAGCAUCACUGCAAAACUUGAAAGAGCUUUAGAAAAAGUUGCUCCUCUUCUUCGUGAAAUUUUUGUAGACUUUGCCCCAUUCCUAUCUCGUACACUUCUUGGCAGUCAUGGACAAGAGCUAUUGAUAGAAGGCCUCGUUUGUAUGAAAUCUAGCACGUCUGUGGUUGAGCUUGUUAUGCUGCUUUGUUCUCAGGAAUGGCAGAAUUCUAUUCAGAAGAAUGCAGGACUUGCAUUUAUUGAACUCAUCAAUGAAGGAAGAUUACUAUGCCAUGCUAUGAAGGACCAUAUAGUUCGUGUUGCAAAUGAAGCUGAGUUUAUUUUGAACAGACAGAGAGCUGAGGAUGUACAUAAACAUGCAGAGUUUGAGUCGCAGUGUGCCCAGUACGCUGCUGAUAGAAGAGAGGAAGAAAAGAUGUGUGAUCAUCUCAUAAGUGCUGCUAAACAUCGAGAUCAUGUUACAGCAAACCAACUGAAACAGAAGAUCCUUAACAUUCUCACAAAUAAGCAUGGCGCUUGGGGAGCAGUUUCUCAUAGCCAACUGCAUGAUUUCUGGCGUUUGGAUUACUGGGAAGAUGAUCUUCGCCGAAGGAGACGGUUUGUUCGUAAUGCAUUUGGCUCCACUCACGCUGAAGCCCUCCUCAAAGCUGCAGUAGAGUAUGGCACUGAAGAAGAUGUGGUAAAGUCCAAGAAAGCCUUCAGAAGUCAAGCAAUAGUGAAUCAAAAUGCAGAGACAGAACUUAUGCUGGAAGGAGAUGAUGAUGCAGUCAGUCUCCUGCAGGAGAAAGAAAUCGACAAUCUUGCAGGCCCAGUGGUUCUCAGUACCCCAGCCCAGCUCAUCGCUCCUGUGGUGGUGGCCAAGGGGACUCUCUCCAUCACCACGACAGAAAUCUACUUCGAGGUAGAUGAGGAUGAUCCUGCCUUCAAGAAGAUCGACACGAAAGUUCUUGCAUACACUGAAGGACUUCAUGGAAAAUGGAUGUUCAGCGAGAUACGAGCUGUGUUUUCAAGACGUUAUCUUCUACAAAACACUGCUUUGGAAGUAUUUAUGGCAAACCGAACCUCGGUUAUGUUUAAUUUCCCUGAUCAAGCAACGGUAAAAAAAGUUGUCUAUAGCUUGCCUCGGGUUGGAGUAGGGACCAGCUAUGGUUUACCACAAGCCAGGAGGAUAUCACUGGCCACUCCUCGGCAGCUUUAUAAAUCUUCCAACAUGACUCAGCGUUGGCAAAGAAGGGAAAUUUCAAACUUCGAAUAUUUGAUGUUCCUUAACACUAUAGCGGGACGGACAUAUAAUGACCUGAACCAAUAUCCCGUGUUUCCAUGGGUAUUAACAAACUAUGAAUCAGAAGAAUUGGAUUUGACUCUUCCAGGAAACUUCAGAGAUCUAUCAAAGCCCAUCGGUGCUUUGAACCCAAAAAGAGCUGUAUUUUACGCAGAGCGCUAUGAGACGUGGGACGAUGAUCAAAGCCCCCCCUACCAUUAUAACACGCAUUACUCAACAGCAGCAUCUACCUUAUCCUGGCUUGUUCGAAUUGAACCUUUCACAACCUUCUUCCUCAAUGCAAAUGAUGGAAAGUUUGACCAUCCAGAUCGAACCUUCUCGUCGGUUGCAAGAUCUUGGAGAACUAGUCAGAGAGAUACUUCUGAUGUAAAGGAACUAAUUCCAGAGUUCUAUUACCUACCGGAGAUGUUUGUCAACAGUAAUGGAUACAAUCUCGGAGUCAGAGAAGAUGAAGUUGUAGUAAAUGAUGUUGGUCUUCCCCCUUGGGCAAAAAAACCUGAAGACUUUGUACGGAUCAACAGGAUGGCCCUGGAAAGUGAAUUUGUUUCUUGCCAACUCCAUCAGUGGAUUGACCUUAUAUUUGGCUACAAACAGCGAGGACCAGAAGCAGUCCGUGCUCUGAAUGUUUUUCACUAUUUAACCUAUGAAGGCUCUGUGAACCUGGAUAGUAUCACUGACCCUGUGCUCAGGGAGGCCAUGGAGGCCCAGAUACAGAACUUUGGACAGACGCCAUCUCAGUUGCUUAUUGAGCCACAUCCGCCUCGGAGCUCUGCCAUGCACCUGUGUUUCCUUCCACAGAGUCCACUCAUGUUUAAAGAUCAGAUGCAACAGGAUGUGAUCAUGGUGCUGAAGUUCCCAUCAAAUUCUCCGGUGACCCACGUAGCAGCCAACACACUGCCCCACCUGACCAUCCCUGCGGUGGUGACUGUGACCUGCAGCCGGCUGUUUGCGGUGAAUCGAUGGCACAACACAGUAGGCCUCAGAGGAGCUCCAGGAUACUCUUUGGAUCAAGCUCAUCAUCUUCCCAUUGAAAUGGACCCCCUAAUUGCCAAUAACUCUGGUGUGAACAAACGGCAGAUCACGGACCUUGUUGAUCAGAGUAUACAAAUCAAUGCACAUUGUUUUGUGGUCACAGCAGAUAAUCGCUAUAUUCUUAUCUGUGGGUUCUGGGAUAAGAGCUUCAGAGUUUACUCUACAGAAACAGGGAAAUUAACUCAGAUCGUGUUUGGCCACUGGGAUGUGGUCACGUGCCUGGCCAGGUCUGAGUCAUACAUAGGCGGGGACUGCUACAUUGUGUCUGGGUCUCGAGAUGCUACCCUGCUUCUCUGGUACUGGAGUGGGCGACACCAUAUCAUAGGAGACAACCCUAACAGCAGUGACUAUCCAGCACCCAGAGCUGUCCUCACAGGCCAUGACCAUGAAGUUGUCUGUGUUUCUGUCUGUGCAGAACUUGGACUUGUUAUCAGUGGUGCUAAAGAGGGCCCUUGCCUUGUCCACACCAUCACUGGAGAUUUGUUGCGAGCCCUUGAAGGACCAGAAAACUGCUUGUUCCCGCGCUUGAUUUCCGUCUCUAGCGAAGGCCACUGUAUCAUAUACUAUGAACGAGGGCGAUUCAGCAAUUUCAGCAUUAACGGGAAACUUUUGGCUCAGAUGGAGAUCAAUGAUUCAACCAGGGCCAUUCUCCUGAGUAGCGAUGGCCAGAACCUGGUGACCGGAGGGGACAAUGGUGUGGUGGAGGUCUGGCAGGCCUGUGACUUCAAGCAGCUGUACAUUUACCCCGGAUGUGACGCUGGCAUCAGAGCAAUGGACUUGUCCCAUGACCAGAGGACGCUGAUCACUGGCAUGGCUUCCGGUAGCAUUGUAGCUUUUAAUAUAGAUUUUAAUCGGUGGCAUUAUGAGCAUCAGAACAGAUACUGAAGACAAAUGAAGAACCAAAAGCCAAGUCAAAGCUGAGAGCACAAGUGCUGCAUGGAAAGGCAAUAUCUCUGGUGGAAAAAACUCGUCUACAUCGACCUCCGUUUGUACAUUCCAUCACACCCAGCAAUAGCUGUACAUUGUAGUCAGCAGCCAUUUUACUUUCUGUGUUUUUUCACGACUGAACACCAGCUGCUACCAAGCAAGCUUAUAUCAUGUAAAUUAAAUGAAUUAGGAGAUGUUUUGGUAAUUAUUUCAUAUAUUGUUGUUUAUUGAGAAAAGGUAGUAGGACGCGUCACAAGAGACUUUUGACAAUUCUGAGGAACCUUGUGUCCAGUUGUUACAAAGUUUAAGCUUUGAACCUAACCUGCAUCCCAUUUCCAGCCUCUUUUCAAGCUGAGAAAAAAAAAAAAACACGUUUGAUACUUUGUACAUCAGAUGCAUCUUAUUUAAAGGGAUACUUUUAUAAAAGUAAAACCUUGUAUAAAGAACAAAACGUUUCUUAAUUUUAUUGUGGAGUUACAACUUGCAUGUUCUUUAAUCCUGAUGUCUUGAUGGAACAGGUGCAUUCACACUAUGAAACAGAAAGAUCUGUCCAAGGACACAGCUUGUAUGAAAGGGUUGAAUUUGGGCUCAAUCAGUAAUUUUUGACAUUUUCACCAAAAUAUGGUUUGCACUUUUUAAUCUAAAUUCAUCCCUUCUCAGUGAAAUUUGCUCAUAAAGCAUUUGGAUACUAAGCCAUUAUUUGCCAUUUUUGCUACUUUAUACAAAGAAAAUUCAGCCCUACCCUUCAUAAUUUGAAGACACAGCAGAAAGGGGGCUUAGGGAUGAGGUCUUGGUUUUUAUUGUAUAAAUAGGAGUCACGAUCGUUAGUUCCAUGGUAAUGACUUCCCAGCUCCUGGGCAUCUCUUCCAGAGUCAUCCUGCUGGCUUAGUGUGUGUACAUUAGGGGAGGAGAAUCUGAUGCUAACUAUUUUUGGUUUUGUUUCUUGGGUUUUUUCUUUUCCUCUUUGGUUCUUGAAUAGCUUAGUUUCUUUAAUAACGAGUCAGACUUUAUUAUAACAAUAACUGAGGCUAUUCUUUUAGGUUCUUGUGCAGUUCUCACCUAAAGCCACAUUCUUAGCCUAAGGCACUUCAUCUUUUAUGAUAUAAAAUGAUGGGUAUCAAAUGAUUUUCCAUACCUUGUACUGAUCAAGUUAUACACCCAGGGGUAUAUACAACUUUAUUCAUGUUUCUUCUUUGUAUAUUUGGUGGCUGUAUUGUCAUAGAUGUACAUAUUGUGUCGGUAGGGCUAUGAGGCAUGUUCCAGGAAUGUAAUUUUCUCAGAAUUUAUACUCACUUGCAGUCAUUUAUUUAAAAAGAUACAACAAGAUAAUGGGUUCUUUGUAUUGGCACUUUGCACCAGAAACAUAUCAUUAUUUAUUGACGUGAUUACUUAUUUGUCAUCCACCUUGUAUUAGUAAGUUUUAGCACUGAAUUCCUUCUUCAUUGUUGUUUGUAUUUAUGAUAUUCUGAAAUUCUGGGGGAUCAGCGUAAUUAUUAAGUUAUUCAUCACCAGGCUGUAAGCAAUAUCUUGAGUUUGUAGCUUAGAAUUGGGAGGAUACUGAACAUCUGGAAGACAAGUUCAUUUCAUCUUGAGAUCAUGGUGAAAUAUUUUGGAUAUAUAAAUUCCUUAAGCUAUUGUAACCAUGUUUUAUUGCAAAGAUGUAAAAUAUGCCAGAUGUGUGUGAGUUGGAAAUCAAAAAAAGAAAAAUAAA